UCCCUCCCCUCUGCCACUACCCCUCCUAUCCCUGGUGCGGAACGUUUCGCAACUGCUCGCCUCUUUCCCCGUGCCCGGCUCUUUUUCCAUUUUCCCGGGCCCCUCUUCUUGAGUACUUUUCCCCCUGCAUUUGGAGAGAGGGGCUGGAAAAGGGUCUGGUGGAGAGUGCAGAGAAGAAGAAGGAAGCGAGGCCCGAGGAGGAGGAGCAGGAUCGGCGGACCGUGCAGAGGCGACCCCACGGCGCUCUUUCUGGUCAUCUCUCCUCCCGCCCCGCCCCGCCCCUGCGCACACUCCCUCCUGGGCGAGCUACUUUCGGACCAGAAAAGUGAGGGCGGCCCUAGGUGACAGCGCUGCAGGGCCAGUCCCGAGGAAGCCGCGCUUCUGCUCGCGUCUAGUCCACCACGCUUCCAGCCAGGGGCGCAGCCCGGACCGAGGAUGGCUUCGACCACAACCUGCACCAGGUUCACGGACGAAUAUCAGCUUUUCGAGGAGCUCGGAAAGGGGGCAUUCUCAGUGGUGAGAAGAUGCAUGAAAAUUCCUACUGGACAAGAAUAUGCUGCCAAAAUUAUCAACACCAAAAAGCUUUCUGCUAGGGAUCACCAGAAGCUGGAAAGGGAAGCCAGAAUCUGCCGUCUUUUGAAGCACCCCAAUAUUGUGCGGCUUCAUGACAGCAUAUCAGAAGAGGGCUUCCAUUACUUGGUGUUUGAUUUAGUCACUGGUGGUGAACUGUUUGAAGACAUAGUGGCGAGGGAAUACUACAGUGAAGCUGAUGCCAGUCAUUGUAUACAGCAGAUUCUAGAAAGUGUAAAUCAUUGUCACCUAAAUGGCAUAGUUCACAGGGACCUGAAGCCUGAGAAUUUGCUUUUAGCUAGCAAAUCCAAAGGAGCAGCUGUGAAACUGGCAGACUUUGGCUUAGCCAUAGAAGUUCAAGGAGACCAGCAGGCAUGGUUUGGUUUUGCUGGCACACCUGGAUACCUUUCUCCAGAAGUUUUACGUAAAGAUCCUUAUGGAAAGCCAGUGGAUAUGUGGGCAUGCGGUGUCAUUCUCUAUAUCCUGUUGGUGGGAUAUCCACCCUUUUGGGAUGAAGACCAACACAGACUCUAUCAGCAGAUCAAGGCUGGAGCUUAUGAUUUCCCAUCACCAGAGUGGGACACAGUGACUCCUGAAGCCAAAGACCUCAUCAAUAAAAUGCUUACUAUCAACCCUGCCAAACGUGUCACAGCCGCAGAGGCACUGAAGCACCCAUGGAUCUGUCAACGUUCUACUGUUGCUUCCAUGAUGCACAGACAGGAGACUGUAGACUGCUUGAAGAAGUUUAAUGCUAGAAGAAAACUAAAGGGUGCCAUCUUGACAACUAUGCUGGCUACGAGGAAUUUUUCAGCAGCCAAGAGUUUGUUGAAGAAACCAGAUGGAGUAAAGAAAAGCGAAAUAAACAACAAAGCCAACGUGGUAACCAGCCCCAAAGAAAAUAUUCCAACCCCGGCGCUGGAGCCCCAAACUACUGUAAUCCACAACCCUGAUGGAAACAAGGAGUCCACUGAAAGUUCAAAUACAACAAUUGAGGAUGAAGAUGUGAAAGCACGAAAGCAAGAGAUUAUCAAAGUCACUGAGCAACUGAUCGAAGCAAUCAACAAUGGGGACUUUGAAGCUUACACGAAAAUCUGUGACCCAGGCCUUACGGCUUUUGAACCUGAAGCAUUGGGUAAUUUAGUGGAAGGGAUGGACUUUCAUCGAUUCUACUUUGAAAAUGCUUUGUCUAAAAGCCAGAAACCAAUCCACACUAUUAUCCUGAACCCCCAUGUACACCUGGUAGGCGACGAUGCUGCCUGCAUAGCUUACAUUAGGCUCACUCAGUACAUGGAUGGCAGCGGAAUGCCAAAGACAAUGCAGUCAGAAGAGACCCGUGUCUGGCACCGCCGGGAUGGAAAGUGGCAGAACGUUCAUUUUCAUCGCUCGGGGUCACCAACAGUACCCAUCAAGUAAAUAUUCCCAGGCUGUCAGCUUCUUUGUUAAUAUACCCAUGCUAAAUAUCAGCAGUGCCACUUCCGCAUUCUGUUUUCAAGGCACCGGGAUGGUAACCCUGGGCCAUCCUCUCCUCCUCUUCAUGCAUGUUUCUGAGUGCAUGAAGCUGUGAAGGUCCUACCUACGCGUAACGCAUAUGUGAUGCAUCAUCUUGUCAUAUAUCCCUUCCUCUUCAUUGUUUACACUUCAGCUAUGGAGAUGUUCCAUGUAAACGUCAAUUACUGUUGGCAAACAAUAGGGGGGAGGUCAGACACACACACACACACAAAUUCCACAAUAUUCCAAGUACAACCUAUUCAUCAAGUUUCUCUAUUUAUGCCAAGAAAUAACAGACUUCACCAUUGUUGUUCUCUAAAUGACGGUUUGUAAGAGAAAUGUAAAUUUUUUAGAACUCUUCGCUGUUAAUGUUUUGGCUUGUUUGUGUAAAAAAAAAAAAAAAGGCAAAAAAAAAAAUCUUCAGUUUCCUGGUAUGCUCCUGGUUGAAAUGGAUGGUUUUUCACCAGAAGUCUUGUUGCUGUUUAACAAUUCAAGUGGGUUCGUAUGUGAACAAAAUCACUUACAAGUGUGAAAGCAAGAAUCAGUUGGUUUGGUAACAUCUAAAGCCAUUUAGUUUUUGAACAAACUGUGUAAACUGGAAACUUUCACAUCAUUUGCUGGUUUGAUCAUUUUAGGAUAUGCUCACACUGUUCUGGUGAAUUCGCUGAAUUGAAUUUUCGGUUCCUUUCUCAAACCUGUGCUCUGUUUUCUUCAUCUUACCUAUUUCUUUGUUCCUUUUUUAUUUUUAUCUUUUUUCCUUUUUUUGGCUAGUAGUGUUGGAGCCCUGUUGGCACCAUGGUGAAGUGCUACAGCUGCUAAUCAAAAGGUCAGGAGUUUGAAUCCACAGCCACUCCUAGAAACCCUAUUGGAGAGUUCUACUGUGUUAUAGAGCUGCUAUGAGUUCAAAUGGACUCAAUGGCAAAGUGUGUGAGAAAAAAGUAACAGUAAUAUUUGCAUAACAAAGACAAAAUUAAAAAUCAAGGUCGUUUGGAGACUAGCACUUUUGACCACUUUCGGGGCCCAGCAAAAUGUUGUCAAGAAGAUUUGAAAGGUUUUUAAUUUUGCUUAGGGUCUUAUUUAGACUUAGGUAUUAUUAAUCUUCUGUUUGAAGUAUUAAAAUUGUUUAAAACGUAUGAUAAAAGCAAGUAAGGUCCUGCCGUAACUGCAGUAUGUCGUAUUGAUUGGGGCAGUUACCAGGAGAACACCAAAUGGAUAGGAGAUCAAGGUUUUGUGCAGAUGCACUUAUUUCCACCUGCUGGAAUGCGAGGCCCCCUGGUCACCAUCACUGGCUAGUUUUCGAAGGUUAGAGAAGCCUAAGAAUGUUUUCCAUUCUUACAAUUGUUUUGAACUUGUUCUCUGUGACUGGUGCUUUUUUAGCUUCCCUCCUAUGUCAGAGUAACAUUUUCUUCCCAGAAAGGAGUUAGGAUUUUCCAUUUUCAAACAAAAAGAAAAGGGAAAUGUCCCAGGUUUUCCGUGUGCUUCUCACUUCUUUGUUUAUCCAACCCCUCUGAGGCUUUUUCUCUUCUCUGAAAUGCUUUAUAGUGCACAGUAUCGUCAUCAGCAUUGUUUUCAGAAUCGUCUUUCGCAAUCCUGGGAAGCCCAUUUUUAAAGCAGAAACAAACAAGACAACAGAAAAACUGGCCCUCCCUCUCUUCUCUCAUUUCACCUUUCUGUGUUGAUUACUAAUCACCUUAGAUAUUGUUGCUAGUGGAUGUAUGGUAGAUGGAUUGAAGCUUUUCUGAUAAAAUUAUUAUAUGAUUUAAAACAAUAUAUAUUUAAAAUAAAUAUAUACAGUAAAUGUCUUGAGCCAUGUUAACCUGCCAAUGAGAUCUGUGAAAAAUUAAUGGCCUCAUUUUUUUUCCCCUUUUUAAUUUCUUUUACCUUUUUGUGAAGCAGCUAUAUGUGGCAUACAUGUAUUUUAAAAAAAAUAGAUGUAGAGUGGUUUGGGGUUUUUUUUCUUUUUUUUUUUUUUAUGCUUUUAACUUAGCAUGUGGUGUUGAAGUAAUACCGUAGAUCAAGUUUGUCUUCCACACUAAGAUGUGAAGAAGUUGUGAUCUUUUCUUUCUCUCCACCACAAUUGAAUUAUACAUUUAUUAUCUUCUAUCAUUUUGAAACACUGCAGUUUACCAUGGGACACUGUAUAUAUUUCUUGCCAUAAUGGUAAAUGACUGAUUGAUAUAUUUAAGAGUUAAUAAAUUUGUGAUUUCUGCUGACAA